ACGAAAAAAGGAGACAAACUACCAGACUUUUCUUAUGCUAGCUAUCACCAAUCUGAGACACCACUUCCAAGACAAGACCGCCCCCCUACCAAAUUCCUUCGCGCUAAAUCAGGAGACCAAACACGAUGCAUCCAAUCUGCACUAGAUCACAUAUCCCAGUCAGGUGGUAGGGUUCUCGCGCUCGAAGCCGGUACUUAUGUACUUACUACCAGCUUGACAAUACCUAAUAGAACGACAUUACGAGGUGCCGGUGUUAGAAAAACCGUACUUACUCGAAAAAGUCUAGAGACUAAUUUUGUACGAUUAGGAAGCACGACAGGAAAAGAGAAAAGACACGUCAGCGUAAAGAUUACCAACAAAUAUGUACCUGCUGGCACAAGCACCGUACGCGUAGCUAACGCAAAUGGACUAGCAGUUAGUAUACACGUGUUCGUUGAGCGGGGUCCACCUGGGUUUGCUUCAGAGAUUGGUAUCGAGAACCUAAGCAUGGCUGUAAAGCCAACAUGCUCAGGAAAAAUACUCACUGACACUCGAUGCGGCGGGUUCAAUAACUACAUUGACAUUGAGAAGUUCGCAUCUCGCACUACAGUUACUAAUAUUGUCAUGAACCGUGAUGGCAUGACCAAUUGUGGGGCAGGGUACGCUCUCGAUAUCGCCAUCGGAGGCUCACAAGUUCUGAUACACGAUUGCACGACUAGAGGAGCGAAGAACGCAAAGAGUUACGGAGUGGCGAUAAAAACACUGGCACCAGGUCCAAAUGCAUGUAUUGGGUACACGGCGAUAGAUCCAGUUCAGAGCAUUGAACCUCACGAGCGAUGGGCUCACGGCUUUUUGAAUGAGGGUAGUAAAGUCGCGGCAUUGAUGUUCAGGAAUCGGGGUAGCGGUGGGAGCGGACAUGGCUGGGCGAUCAAUAACGGUAAGCUGACACAAGACAAGUAUGGAUGUUGUACAAAGUAUCACUGCUAA